GCAGGAUGACAGCUGGCUUCAUGGGCAUGGCUGUGGCCAUCAUCCUCUUUGGAUGGAUUAUCGGGGUGCUGGGGUGCUGUUGGGAUCGAGGCCUUAUGCAGUAUGUGGCAGGGCUUCUCUUCCUCAUGGGAGGAACCUUCUGCAUCAUUUCACUGUGCACGUGCGUGGCUGGAAUCAACUUUGAGCUCUCCCGCUACCCCCGCUACCUGUACGGACUUCCCGACGACAUCAGCCAUGGCUAUGGCUGGUCCAUGUUCUGUGCGUGGGGGGGCCUGGGCCUCACUCUUAUCUCUGGCUUCUUCUGCACUCUGGCCCCUUCUGUCCAACCUGUCCCCAGGACCAACUGCCCCAAAUCUAGACCUGAGAAUGGGACAGUGUGCUAAAACAAAUAGCAAACAAAUAUACACACACACACAAAUAUAUAUAUAUAUAUAUGUCUGUGUAUACCUACACAUGCAUAUAUAUGUAUAUAUAAUUAUAUAUAUAUAUAUAAUCUCCAAUUAAUGCCAGUGCCAAGGUAGAGCUGAGUCCAACACGGCACUCACAUCUCCACCGGACUCCGUGUUGCUUCGUUCUUUCUCACAGCGAUGGGAAAGCUUUUCUCUCACAUGGCUCUUCCAUCCAACUCUUACCUUCAGCAUCAUACCUUAGAGGUUGAAUGAACAUACAGUUGCACCUACCUACUGCCACUUUUGGGAAGGGGAACAGGGGGUCUAUGUGGGGGAUCUGGAACCAGAAUCUGUACAGGACAUGGAGGGAGGGGUGGGAAGGAGGGACAAAAAGCCUGCCCAUUGCAGUCAGAAAGGAAAAUGCAAGCAGCAAGCAAAGAAACAAAUCAAGCAUUUGAGCCACCUCUACAAUGUACCUCCUCAAGGCCAUUCUCAGAAAACCACCCACUUUUGUUUUAUUUCUUAAAACAAAA